CCGACUGGCCCAGCCGCAUCUUUGCUGCGGCCCCGGAGUCGAAUGGGGCGGGCGGGGGGCGCAUGCAAGAGCGAGGCCCCUGGAAGGCAGGCGCCCCCGCGGACAGGGCGAAGAGAGGCUGCCGCGGUGCGGGCGCCCCUGAUUUGGGGGCUUUGCUUGGACGAGAAGACGCGAAGGCGCUUUUUCACGAGGCAAGUGGGCUUCCUUGCUUUUCUCCGAAGACGUUUCACUUCUCAUCCCAGAAGCUUCUUCGCCUCUGCCUGGAUGGCGGGGAAGGGAGGGAUUCGGUCAGAGUUGAGGAAGCUUCUUGGGUGAGAAGCGAAACGUCUUCAGCGAAAAACAAAGAAGCCGAGCUGCCUCCUGAAAAAGAAGCAUCUCUGGGACAACGGGGACCCGGAGGAAGGAUAAUUGCCGUGGACGUUGGAGGAGGAGACCGGCUCAGGCCGGGCAGAAGCGCUCCGAGCGUCCGGCUGAGCAGCCGCUGAAGUCCGGCGGCGCGUCGGAGCUGCUGCUGGAGCCUCCCGCCUGCACCUGCUCCCGAUGCCCGGCCCAGACCGGGAUUCCGAGGCGCCGGGCUGCUUUCCUGGGCCUACCACUGGCGCCCCCCACCCCAUCUCGGCGGGGCACAGUGGCACAUUCAGGGAAGACGGUUGUGUGUGUGUGUGUGUGUGUGUGUGUGUGUGUGUGUGUGUGUGUGUCCUGCGUUGAUCCCGGCAGCGCCUGGCGCUAGGACCCGACCGGCUGCCCGCGGCCCGGCUUUCCCUAUUUGGACCCGGCCGUCCCAGGAGGGCGUCCGCCCCUCUCGCAACCCCCUUAAAAUAGCCUCCGCUCGGGCCGCAGGGAUCCGAGAUGGCGGCCGCGCGCCCCCCGCCCACCCGGUUCCACGCGGUCCACGGGGUCAACGUGCGCGUGGACGCGUCCGGCACUCGGGCCACCCGCAUGGAGAGCUUCGCCCACGGGCUGUGCUUCAGUCACCGGCCGCUGGAGCCCGGGCAGAUCUUCCUGGUGGAGAUCGAGGAGAAGGAGCCGGGCUGGUGCGGCCACCUGCGGGUGGGGCUCACCGCCCACGACCCCCGCAGUCUGGCCCCGGUGCCCGAGCACGCGCUCCCGGACCUGGUCGACCUGGGGGACAGCUGGGUCUUCGCCAUCACCCGCAACCACAACCGGGUGACGGAGGCGCCGGCGGGCGGGCGGGCGCUCUUCUCCGGCCCCCACCUGCUCAUCGGGCCGGUCCGCAUUCCCCGCGACAAACUGGUGGGCCGAAGCCGGCCGGGCCGCUACAGCCACAUUCUGGACGAGCUGUACAAGACGAACGUGCUGCCGGCCACGGCCCGGAAGAGCCGGAUCGGGGUGCUGUUCGCGCCGCAGCCGGACGGGACGGCCGACAUGCACAUGGUCAUCAAUGGGGAAGACAUGGGACCCAGCGCCAGGGGUCUGCCCGGCUCCCGCCCCCUCUACGCCGUGAUUGACCUCUUCGCUUCCACCAAGAGCGUCCGAAUCAUCCAGGUGGAAUACGGCUGUAGUGCCCUCCCUGCAGACGCUCUGCCGCACAGCCGUCCAGAAACACAUCACCCACCGCCUGGCCAUCGAGGAGCUGAACUUGCCUCCUCUGCUGAAGAACCUCUGCAAGUACGAAUGAAGCCUGGCACGAACGCCCAGCACCCCUGCCUCACCCCCCUUCCCUGUCUUUCUGGACGGGUUGGUUCUGCAAAUGCCUAGGACAGUGGUUCUCAACCUGUGGGUCGGGACCCCAUUUGGGGUCGACCGACCAUUUCACGGAGGUCGCCAAACAACGCAGUCCGCCAUUUCCCCCCCCCUUUUCCUUAGCUGUGCUACUCCC